AUGUCAAAUAAUUCUUCCAGUCAAGAAAGUACAGAAAGCGAUUCAGAAAAUUCUAUCGAACUAAAUGUUAAUUUGGAUGCUUUACAAAAGUCCACAUUUAACGUAUUUCACGUACAAUGUACCUCUAUACAAGAAUUUAGCAAAGGUGGUUUUCAUAAAAAGACAGAAAGUGAGAUAGCAGCUAUAGAGUAUAUUCGUUUAAAUACGAAUAUUCCUGUUUUCAAAAUUUAUUAUUGGAAUAGUUCUGUCAAUAAUCCAGUGGGAGCAGAAUAUAUUUUAAUGGAACAUUUACCUG